AUGAUGGCCCCACGUAAGCGAGGAGGGCGGGGCCUGUCAUUCCUCUGUUGCUGCCUGAAGAAGAGCAACCAUCCUGAGAUCACCUACCGCCUCCGUCAUGACAGCAACUUCACACUGCAAACCAUGGAGCCCACCCUGCCCAUGCCCCCCACGGAGGAACUGGAUGCCAUGUUCACUGAAUUGGUGGAUGAGCUGGAUCUCACAGAAAAACAUAGAGAGGCCAUGUUUGCCCUUCCUGCCGAGAAGAAAUGGCAAAUCUACUGUGGCAAGAAAAAGGAUCAGGAAGAGAAUAAGGGGGCGACCAGCUGGCCUGAAUUCUACAUCGAUCAGAUCAAUUCUAUGGCUGCUAGAAAGUCUCUGCUUGCCCUAGAGAAGGAGGAUGAGGAGGAGAGGAGUAAGACCAUAGAGAGCUUGAAAACUGCUCUCCGCACACAGCCAAUGAGGUUUGUGACACGGUUCAUAGACCUCGAUGGACUGACGUGCAUCUUGAACUUCCUGAAAACGAUGGACUACGAGACCACCGAAUCUCAGAUCCACACCUCGCUGAUCGGCUGCAUUAAAGCCCUGAUGAACAACUCUCAGGGACGUGCCCAUGUGCUCGCACAUUCAGAAAGCAUCAACAUCAUCGCUCAGAGCUUGGCCACCGAGAACAUCAAGACCAAAGUGGCUGUUCUGGAGAUCAUGGGUGCUGUUUGCUUGGUGCCCGGAGGACACAAGAAAAUCCUGGAAGCCAUGUUGCACUAUCAGAAGUUCGCCUGCGAACGGACCCGAUUUCAGACCCUUCUAAAUGACUUGGACAAGAGUACGGGCCGCUACAGAGAUGAGGUGAACCUCAAGACGGCAAUCAUGUCCUUCAUCAACGCAGUCCUCAGUCAAGGAGCAGGGGAGACCAGUUUGGAGUUCAGAAUUCAUUUGCGGUAUGAAUUUCUAAUGCUGGGCAUCCAACCAGUGAUUGAUAAAUUACGGUCCCAUGAAAACUCCACGUUAGAUCGGCAUUUGGAGUUCUUUGAGAUGCUACGAAAUGAAGAUGAAUUAGCCUUAGCUAAGCGGUUUGAGAAUGUUCAUAUAGACACUAAAAGUGCUACUCAGGUGUUUGAUCUCGUCCGAAAGAGGAUAAACCACACGGACGCCUUCCCGCACUUUAUGUCCGUCUUGCAGCACUGUCUUCAUAUGCCUUACAAAAGAAAUGGAAAUACUGUGCAGUAUUGGCUCCUCCUCGACCGAAUUGUCCAGCAGAUUGUCCUACAGAACGACAAGGGUCAUGACCCCGAUGUGGCUCCUCUUGAGAACUUUGACGUGAAAAACGUAGUGCGAAUGUUGGUAAAUGAGAACGAGGUGAAACAAUGGAAAGAGCAAGCGGAAAAAAUGAGAAAAGAACAUAAUGAACUUCAGCAGAAGCUGGAGAAGAAAGAAAGGGAGUGUGAUGCAAAAGCCCAAGAGAAGGAAGAAAUGAUGCAAACUCUCAAUAAGAUGAAAGAGAAGUUGGAGAAAGAAAGCAGCGAACAUAAGCUUGUUAAGCAGCAAGUUGCUGACCUUUCAGUCCGGCUACAUGAGAUGAGUAAUAGGACAAAUAUCCCAGGAGGCCCCCCACUCGUCCCAUUGGCUCCUGGUAGUAUUCCACCUCCACCUCCUGGUCUGGCUGGCCUUCCUCCUCCACCACCUCCAGGUGGAGCACCGCCACCACCACCCCCUCCCCCCGGUGGACCACCACCUCCACCAGGCCUGCCUGGCUUUGGUGCUCCUCCUCUCCCUGGAGGACUUAUGGGCUCCAUGCUGAAGAAAAAGAACAUUCCUCAGCCGUCCAAUCCGCUCAAGUCUUUCAACUGGACCAAACUCAGUGAAAAUAAACUGGAAGGGACUGUGUGGCUGGACCUGGACGACCUCAAAGUUUUCAAACAAUUGGACUUGGAGGAUAUUGAGAAAACAUUCUCGGCUUACCAGAGACAGCAGGACUCUCUGUUAAAUAUCUUUAGACGGAAAGAAUCCGAGGAUGACACCGUCACUUCUAAAAAGGUCAGAGAAUUGUCUGUCAUCGAUGGACGGCGUGCACAAAACUGCAACAUUCUUCUUUCCAAGUUAAAACUCUCCAACGAGGAGAUCAAGAGAGCCAUACUGACCAUGGAUGAGCAGGAAGACCUACCUAAGGAUAUGCUGGAGCAGCUGUUGAAGUUUGUGCCAGAAAAAAGUGACGUGGACCUUCUGGAGGAACACAAACAUGAGUUGGAGCGGAUGGCGAAGGCAGAUCGCUUCCUUUAUGAGAUGAGCAGAAUCGACCACUACCAGCAAAGACUGCAGUCUCUUUACUUCAAAAAGAAGUUUGCAGAAAGAAUAGCAGAAAUCAAGCCGAAAGUAGAAGCUCUCAGUAAAGCCUCUAAGGAGGUUCUUCAGAGCAAGAAUCUUCGCCAGCUUCUGGAGGUGGUGCUGGCCUUCGGUAACUACAUGAACAAAGGCCAGAGGGGCAGUGCCUAUGGCUUCAAAGUGUCCUCUCUCAACAAGAUCGCCGACACCAAGUCCAGCAUCGACAAGAACGUCACUCUGCUGCACUACCUGAUCACCAUUCUUGAGCAGAAGUACCCUAAAGUCAGCCUGAUUCAUGAGGAUCUGCACGACGUGCCAGAAGCAGCCAAAGUCAACAUGACUGAACUGGAGAAAGACAUUAACAAUCUGCACACUGGCCUAAAAAGCGUGGAGACGGAGCUGGAGUACCAGAAGAGUCAGCCUCAGACCUACGGAGAUAAGUUUGUGUCUGUUGUGAGUCAGUUCAUCACUGUGGCUGGCUUCAGUUUCUCUGAGGUGGAAGACUCUCUUCAGGACGCCAAGGAUUUGUUUGAGAAGGCUGUGAAGCACUUCGGUGAGGACGCCACUCGCAUGCAGCCCGAUGAGUUCUUUGGCAUCUUUGAUCAGUUCCUGCAGGCUUUCAGUGAAGCUAAACAGGACAACGAGAACAUGAGACGACGCAAGGAGGAGGAAGAGCGUAGAGCCCGCAUGGAGGCGCAGCUCAAGGAACAGCGUGAGAAGGAAAGAAAAGCCCGGAAGGCCAAAGAGAAUUGCGAGGAGGAUGGAGAAUUCGACGAUCUGGUGUCCGCACUCCGAUCCGGGGAGGUGUUUGAUAAAGACCUGUCGAAGAUGAAACACAACCGUAAGCGUCCCGUCAAGCAGAGCGCAGAGAGCAGCAGAGAGAGGCCCAUCACCAAACUCAACUUCUGAGGAAGCUGCACGAGCGAGUGCUGCCUCCUGCUGGUAGAGCUGAGACAUUACACACGCGUGCAACAGCUCUACCUCAGUUCAGGACUGGAGAGGACCUGUUAUGUGCUGACUGCCAAAAUACUCCCUAAGGAUUUUUCUAAAGAUGUAAAUCAGUUGUGACCGUGUCUGUGCUGAAGAUGACAGGAGUUUGCAUGGUGCUUGUGCACCACAGUUAUAAUGAGCAGAAAGGGCUACAAACUGCUGCUGAAAUCCAGGAACACCCAUUUUCACAGUUCUGCUUGCCUGACAGCCAUAAACCCCAUUUAUUGAGUCUGCUCAGAUACUGCUUACAAUUUUAUUUUAUUUUUUUUAGUUAUUGUUGGUGUACACUGUGCACUCAAAAAACAGGCCUUGUUUUGCAAUAUGUGGUGUGCUAAACACUAAAAGUCAGUGUUUUGGAAGCAAAAGUGAUUUGAAAAUGUGGGAUGCAGUGAUAAUUGUAUAUCAUUGGAUGAUGUAAUUGAUUUGUUUGUAAUGAGUAUUUCCUUUUGUUAGCACAAGCGAUUGUUUGUUAAUAAACUGUCCAUUCCAGACCUGUUAAAGCACAAUGCACAACUUUAAUUCCACAAAACAACAUUUUGUAUAAGAUGUUAUUGAAAUCAAAUUAUUAUAAAUCUACAGAUGCCAUGUAUUAAAUGUAUUGAAAGGAACUAUACUUAAAAAAAAAAAAUGCUACGGUCAAACUUUGAUUGCAAAUACCUAUAUUUUAGAGGAUGACAGAAGGACGCAAUAUUUUUUGCAAUCCAAAAAGAACUUUUCGUUAAAAACCGCUGUGGAUGCAAAACCUGCAUCUGAAGCAAACCAAACUGUCUGCCGUGCAUGUAUAUUCUUGUAAUUUCCUUUGUUAGUGUUUAAGGUUGUAUAUAUGUACAUAUAUCCAUUAUUAACUCUUCUGACCAAGGCUUUUUCUUAGUCCUUGACACUACUAUUUUAUGCUAAUAACCCUGUUGAUCAGAUGCCAUUAAAUCUUUUUCACUAAUAGUUCUUUGUAAUAUUGUAUCACUUUGUAAUAGUUUCUUCUGUUGGCCUGAUGUUUUGCUUUCUUUAUUUAAGAAUUCAUUUGGAUGUGAGAUACGUAAUCAAUAAAUAAACCCUGAGGGUCACUGCAA